AUGUCUUCCAGGAAAUCACGUUCCAACACUCUCGGAACAGUAGGACUGACGUUUCUAGCCAGUAGUGGCGUAGUCGGCGCAGCACCUGCAAUAAACGCUACAGGAAGUAAUGACCUCUCGCAACCUCCAUCUCCAACUCGGCCAUACCGCUCCAGCUUUCCUUUUGUCCCAAAUCCAUCCAGCCAACCUCUCUAUGGACAAUCAGCUCCUGGUUCUGGGAUAGCCACAACUUCAACAGGGAUGUCAAAAAACUUAACACCCCAGCAUACCCAUCCAAAUUUGGCUGCCGGGGCGGUUCCAGUACAAGUGUCCAGUGGCAUUGAUGGUUGGCAGGCGUAUGACAAUCCCCUGACCCAUACUUCAACCAAGGCUAGUUCUGACCAAAAUGACGGACACCCAGCAUGGGCUACUCUCCGCAUCACGGAAUUGCCUCGGACAGAUAGGGGCAUUUCCGGAAGCCCUCUUACUCACGCACCAGCACCAGUAACCAAGACUGCCUCCUCGUUGUCUACCCAGGCAUAUGGUCACACUCAUGCUAACGGCGUUCAUUCUCUCCCUCCAUUCGAAAAUGGUCACCCUCCUAAGCUCCAAUCGGAUUAUAAACACUUCACAUUCGUAUUAAUGGUUUACCUGACAGCUUCCUUCGGAUCACCUAUUAAUGAACCUGUGACCGAUGUCUAUGAGGCUGUUUCGAGAUUUCUCCCCACUCCUAUCCCUAACCCAACUGUCUCCAUCUCGAAUGAUCACCCUACUUCUAGUCUGCCCUUCCAAACGAUCACGGAUGAGUUCACCAAGUAUCUCCCCGACCUCACCCCAAGCCUGGUGGAAGACAAGGAAGGAGCUGUCCAGUGUUUCUUGACUUGUCCUGAAGCCCAGAGUUUGGAGACUAUACCUCAUGGACUCGGUCUUGAUUGGAACCCCCUUCCCUUACAGCUUGAAAAUACCAACAAUACCUUUUGGUCUUGGUACGGUCCUAUGGAACUAUUACAACUCAUCAACCUCACAAGGAUCGAGUUCGACAUGGCGAACCCGGAGCGUAACCCACCUCCGUCGUUGGGUCUGUACGGGGGAGAAGAAGAUGCUCCACAAUCGACGGAGGUCAUCCCCGAAGAGAUGAUAGCAGAUGAUUCACCCAAUACCUCUUCCCCCGAAGCCUCUUCCUCCACACCUUAUUUAGAUACCUGUCCCCUAGCCGCAUCGGAUUUAGCUGACUACGGAGCUUGCCAUGCCGGAGGAUAUCAUGUCGACUCCUCAGUAAUCACCCAUACUUCGUCUCUCUCCAAUCUGGAUUCUCAAUGCCCUAAUUCCUGGCUCAUAGCCAGCUCAGAUCCUGCCAUAGUGAAGGUAGAGUUUUCCCAAGUCUCAGGUGAUACCGGUGGUUCAUUCGGUACCCCCUCGCCAACGGAGGUAGAUUGUGGUCAUAUGGAAACAUGCUUGAUACUUAGCAAGUCGGAAACUGAGCAAGGUGUGAUAAAAGUUCCGGAGAGCCCCCCUAUUCUCCCUACCUGUCCAAGUAGGGAUCUUGAAGUAGCAAAGAGGGAAGAUUCCUCCUCAUCGUCAAUCCCUCAUAUGUUAUGCACCACUGUGGAAGACAUUACAGGAGUCAAAACCGUCACGUUGUCUUCCUACAUUGUGGAAGAAGUUCCAAGACAACAAUAUCUCCCCUCAUGA